CUGCCCCUGAAUGAUGCAAAACUUUCCUUCUCUCUUUUUCUCAAGCGCUCUCUUUUUCCACGCCUUCUUGCUUUCUUUCUCGGCUUCUCUCUUCCGAAUCUCACUCUGAACCCGUUAUGCCCAAUUGGGUCUGAUCAAAAUUUCUCAUUUUUUCAUCAUACAAGUAAAAAGUUCCUCUUUUUAUUCAUGUAGUACAAUCUUUUUUUACAUGAGCUUUUAGUACCUGUUUGAUGCCUUUUAUUUGUUUAAAGCAUUCGGUGUUAGGUGGUCUGAAAUGGGAACUAAGGGAUGUGUGAGAUUAUUGUGCUUGUGAGUCCUUGAAAUUUGAUUGUGAGAGCUUUGAGAAGAUGGGAUUGGGGCCUGAUGCUUCAAAGGUGGAGACUUGGGAUGCGAGGAAAUCAAGGGUAGGGAAGAAGAAGGUGAAGAAAAAUGGGGAAGUGGAGGAAACUGGGUGUUGGGUUAGGUUCAGUUUUAGGAAUUGCAUGCCUUCGAGAUCGAAAGUUGAUAGCUUCAUGAGUGGAACUACCGCUUCUUGUGGUAAAUCUACUAAUGAGAAGAACAGAGAUCAACAAGUUGCUCCAGUGGGGUCAUCAACAAGCACCAGUAAUAUCGAAAGUACUUUAUCUACACCUAAUUUCAGUGAAGAACUGAGGGUUGCUUCUCAGCUCCGAAAGUUCACAUUUAAUGAUCUUAAGUUAGCAACUAGGAAUUUCAGACCUGAGAGUCUUCUUGGUGAGGGUGGAUUUGGCUGUGUGUUUAAAGGUUGGAUUGAAGAGAAUGGAACUGCUCCUGUUAAACCUGGCACUGGACUCACUGUUGCUGUCAAAACACUUAACCAUGAUGGACUUCAGGGUCAUAAAGAAUGGCUUGCUGAAAUUAAUUUUCUUGGUGACCUUAGCCAUCCUAAUUUGGUUAAACUGAUUGGUUUCUGCAUCGAGGAGGAUCAUAGAUUACUAGUUUAUGAGUUCAUGCCUCGGGGAAGUUUGGAGAACCACCUCUUCAGAAGAGGGUCGGUGCCUCUCCCUUGGUCGAUCAGAAUGAGAAUUGCACUUGGUGCUGCAAAGGGUCUUGCUUUUUUGCAUGAAGAAGUUCAAAGGCCUGUAAUAUAUCGUGAUUUUAAAACAUCCAAUAUCCUCCUAGAUGCAGAUUACAACGCCAAACUCUCAGAUUUUGGACUGGCAAAGGAUGGUCCUGAGGGAAAUGACACUCAUGUCUCAACACGAGUUCUGGGUACCUAUGGUUAUGCGGCACCAGAGUAUGUAAUGACUGGGCAUCUGACAUCCAAAAAUGAUGUCUACAGUUUUGGAGUAGUCUUGCUAGAAAUGCUAACUGGCCGAAGGUCCAUGGAUAAAAAUAGACCAAACGGAGAGCACAAUCUUGUGCAAUGGGCACGGCCACUUCUUGGAGACAAGAGAAGGUUCUAUCGGUUGAUGGAUCCUCGUUUUGAAGGUCAUUUUUCAAUCAAAGGUGCACAAAAAGCUAUCGAGAUUGCUGCUCACUGCCUUAGCCGUGACCCAAAAGCUAGACCUUUGAUGAGUGAAGUUGUUGAGUCCCUAAAACCUUUGCCAAAACUCAAGGACAUGGCAAGCUCAUCCUAUUAUUUUCAAUCUAUGCAAGCUGCACGGUCCAGGUCCAUGCCGAAUGCCAAGAAUGGCAAUAGGAUGCAAGUAGGAUUCCCACCAAGGAAAGGAACGCCAGCGAGAACCUUGUCCAGCCAAAGUAGUGCUCAAGCUUCUCCCCAUCAUCUUCCUGGCCUAUCACCACUUCCUCAGAUUAGGAAAUAAAAAUAAUUGCAGCCAUUUUUUCUGCAUCUCUAUUGUCUCAACUACCAUUUUGUAUGUAGCUUCUUAAAACUACAUCUUCAACCACAGCUUAAACUACUGCCAAAACAAGCUAGCCUCAGCCUCAACAGCGGGUGCAUGCAUGAUGUUGCACCACACAAUUGGUCUGGUCUAGUUGAGGGAGUUGAGACUUUAAGUUAACAGUGGUUGGGUAAAGAGAUUAGCUAUUAUAUGGGAGUGUCAGUUUGUGUAACAUAAUGUUUUAUGGAAAUUCGUUGCUUAAAAAUAAUGCUUCUUUAUGCUACUA